ACUUCAAAAUGGAAGCCCCCUGCAGGAAGUUUUUUGCAUGGGUUUGUGAAUUUUUAAGAUUUAAUCGUCCUUAUUGCAAGUCGUUAUAACCUUGCAAAACCAAUAGAAUUAAAAAGAAAACUUUUAGUUAUGUGCUUUUUGCAAUUUUAUUCUGUAGAAGGGUGCCAACAGUCAUGGUCAGCUUGCGUUAGGACAUACAGAAGACCAAAUGUUGCCAAAAACAACAGAGGACUUCAACAUACCUUUGAGACAUGCCACAGGUGGAGGAGGACAUACAUUAUUACUUACAGAUAGUGGUCAGUUAUUUGCAUGUGGCAAUAAUAAUAAGGGUCAGCUUGGUUUGCAACAUACAGAAGAAAUGUUCAGGCCACAGAUAGUGAAGGCACUAGAAAAGGAACUCACUGUUUGUGCCAAAGGAGGAUGGGACUUCACCUUGGUGUUAUCAAAUGAAAAAAAACUGUAUGCAUGUGGUUCUAACAUGUUUGGUCAGCUUGGUUUGACCCCUGUGCAAUCUUAUGUCUCAAGCCCAACACCAGUAAAUUUGAAUUGCCUAGUCAAAGAUCUCUCUACUGGUUUGAGACAUUCAGUGCUUCUGACAGAGAAAGGCAAUGUUUUAACAAUGGGAAGUGGGAAAAAGGGACAACAAGGUGUACUGGUUAAUGAUGUUCCCCCAAAAAUUGUGACAACCCCAAAUGAAGUGGCAUUUCCAAGUGGUCCUAUGACUGCAACACAAGUAGUAGCAGGGUCACAUCACACAGCAUGUUUGUCAGAUCAGGGCCAGGUGUUUGUAUGGGGUUGCAAUAAAUAUGGCCAAUGUGCACUAGAUCCACAUACCCAGCCACAGGUUAACAGACCUCACUGUGUGCCACAGAAAGUUUUUAGAAAUAAAAAAGUGUGUCAAGUCUACAGUGGGUGGACACAUCUCCUUGCAGUCACAGAUGAUGGCCAGGUGUUCAGUUGGGGUAGGGCUGACUAUGGGCAGUUAGGAAGACCAGUCCAGAGUGGUCAGUUGUGUGAUUUCACCCCAACACCCAUUGAGUCCAUUCCACAGGUAUCUCAGUUAUGUUGUGGAUCAGAGCACAGCCUAGCAAUUACAGCUGACAGCAAAGUUCUCACCUGGGGUUGGAAUGAGCAUGGGAUAUGUGGCACAGGGGAUGAAAUCAAUGUAAUGACUCCUCAAACAGUCAAAACACUGGAUACGUUCAGGACAGUAUUGAUUGGAGCUGGGGCUGGGCAUUCUAUGGCUUUGUGUGAGGUACCAAGUUCCAGCUAGUGCAGAAAAUGAGAAAAAGACUCAAAAAUAUUCAAGAUGGUUUUUGUGAAAUGCAUGUAAUGAGGGCAUCAAAACACUGAGGAAAAAAGUACUAGUACGUUGCCAAAAGUAAAGUUACUAUAAGUUACUAUAACUUGUUCUCUCUCAAACAAAUACCAUGUCACUUGUAAAGAAUGAUCCCAACAUAGUGCCCCUAAACAUUAUUAUAUUAUAUUAUAUUAUGUUAGAUAAACAGCAUGAAGAACUGAUGUUCGUACCUUUUACUAUCCAUUUUUUUGUAAAUACUGUAAAUAGGCUGGAAACAUUUUAACUCGUUUGCAAUAUUCGACAGUGUUUUAAAGAAGAAUUUGUUGGCCUAUAUUUAAUUAUUUAUAAUAAAGAUCAAG